AUGCGCGCCUUCACCUCCUCGCCCAUUACGGCUCUAUGCCGAGCAUCCAGGGCCGUCUCACAAGCCCAGACGUUCACAUCCCUCCCCACCCUCCGACCGUCCCUCGCGCGACCAGCGGGCACCGUGUUCCGGUCCUCCACGCCCACCGUCUCCCUGGCACCUUCCGGCGUCACCACCGCAUCGGAGGAGGUUGCAGACAUCGUGGCCAAGAGCGCCAUCUCCUCCAGUCCCAUGUUCGGCGCCACGCAGAUCCGCUGCGGACCCCGAGCCACCCUGGCGCGCUCGAGUAGGCUGGUGCGAAAGCGCAGACACGGGUUCCUGAGCCGCGUGCAGACGAGGACGGGGCGACGGACGCUGCAGAGGAGGCGGACCAAGGGACGACACACGCUGUCGAACUAG